GUGUGCAACACAUAGCUGGUGCUGUCGUGCCAUGAAGUUUAAGAAGCGUCAUGCCGAGAUCGCUGUGGGGCUGGUGCUCUUGGCCGGUGCUUUCGUUGGAGUCUUAUUCGGCGCUGGCGUGUUCCAAGACUCCGCCGAGGUCGCGACCCGAAAAGCGUUUGACAGUGCCGCCAACGCCUUAGCGCCUCGCGACAUUGCGUGCCCCGUCAUUCCUCCAGGCAAGCGAUUGAUUCAAAACAUUCCAUCUCAACGCCAAGGCUGUUCGUCCGUCACCGAAGGCGUCACGCAUGUUGUGCUUACGUACGCCGACCUCGCGGCCAAGUCCUUCCAGCUCAACGACGUGGACGUGUUGUCGUGCGUCAGCGACCUUCGCAAGCGAUGCAUCUACGUACUGGGCGGGAUUGGCGGCGACAAAAUGUUCAACACGUCGACUGUCGCUGCGGACGCGGCGGCAGUUGUGUCAAAGUUCAAACUCGACGGCAUCACCGUCCAUGACUUGUCCAAAUCGUCGUCCACGCUCUCGUACAUGACCGCGCUGUCGGCCUCCCUCAAGGCCCUCAACGCCACGUUGAGCUACGAUGUGUAUUACAGUGAGCUGGACAAGACCAAGCUCAAUUGCGGAACUCGGUGCUUUGCCGAAGGGGUUCAACACGUCGUGGACUGGCUUACAGUCAUGGCGUUCAGCGUGAGCGACGACGCGGUCUACGCCGCGGACAUAUACGCGGAUGCGAUCGCAGGGUUUCUCGACCCAUGGAAGGCCAAGCUUCAAAAUGCCACGGGGAAGUUGAAUAUUGGCGUGUGCACCGACUGUGGCUUCGGCCCUGGGCCAACAUCCGACGACAUUUCGAUCUGGACAACGUAUUCCCAGACAGCUGGCGGCAUGAGCGUCUACGGCAGCGGCGACGGCAUGUUCCGCGCGAUCCAGUCGAUCUUUCAGCCAAAACCGCUACCCAUCGCAAUGACCCGACGGCCAUUGUCGGGUAACAACUCGAUGUGCCAGUCGGACAACAGCAGCCACGCUCCACGCGUGGUGCUGUAUUGGGGCAGUGAAGUCGGGGGGUGCGAGACCAUUCCACCUGGCGUCACCCACGUUGUCAUGACUUUUGCCCUGGUCAAGGACGGCGCGGUGUCGCUGACGCUCCAAGGCGACGACGCCACCUUGCGUCGAUGUGUUGUGUCAUUACAACAGCGCUGCAUUGACGUGCUUGUGAGCAUCGGGGGAGACACCGACAACCAUCAACUCGCGGGAGUCACGGACAUGGACACGUUUGCGGCGAGUGCGGUGGCGUUGGUAGACAAAUUCAACUUUGACGGGGUCGAUGUCGACGAUGAGAAUCGCGCUGGAACGUACGACCAAGACCAUGUCGUCGAGUACAUGGCAGCGCUGUCCAAGGCGCUCAAGCCCCGCGGUAAGCUCUUGACCAUGGCUGCAUUUUACUACGACUCGGUCGCGGACAAAUGUGCCGCGGUCUCGGGCCGGUGCUUUCCGCGCCAGGUCGAAGCCCUCGUUGAUUGGGUGAAUGUGAUGGCGUACAACGUCGAGAAGGACGUUGGCAAGGCGGAGGCCGUGUACGAAUCUGCAAUCACAGACACGUUUGCCAUGUGGAUGGCGGUCCUGCCGCCGGCCAAAGUGGUCGUUGCCGUGUGCACCGAAUCGACGAACCCCCUUCAUCGAGGGUGUUCGUACGGGCCGGGCCCAAGCCCUGCAGUCGUGGCGCAGUGGACCAAGUGGAGUCGGGAAAACGCGGGCGGGAUGGGCGUCUGGGCUGGCUCAAAAGACCAGUUCCUCAACUACACGUAUACCACCCUCGUCACGGGUGGCGACGCACGCCGUUAAUACAUCAUGUUUAUGAACCGGACGUGGUGGCGGCGUGGAUAAUGCUGUCGAGUUU